AAAGCUGAUGAAGGAUGGGAAGCAGAACCAGAGGGAGUCCAGCACUAUGAAGGUUCCUAGUUUGUCUAAAACCCAUGCUAAAGUUACUCCUGUCCAUGAAGAUAUGAAGCCCUCAAAGAAGAAUGAAGUGGUGAAAAACACUAGUCAGCAACGUGAUAAUAAAAAUAAGCAAUCCUUGAAGAAUGCUCAAGUACAAGAACUUGCAAAAGAUCAUCAGAAGCUUUGUAGCAACCAAUAUCAAAGAGAGGAUGGUAGUGGCAAUGAGAUUCUUGAUGAAAGUCCUCUUGCUGUUGGAGUCGAUCCUGCUUCAAAGAUUCAGUUGCUUGAGCAUGAACUUGCCAAGGCUAUGGAAGCAAAUUUAAAAUAUAAAGCUGAGCUUGACAGGUUGUCUAAAAGCCGAAACAACCAUGCACACUUCUAAAAAAUCAAUAGCAG